AGGAUCACUCCCCUGCGUUCUCUUUGCACAGAGAUUCCUAUUGGUUUAUAGGUGAUUUUAGAGGGAGCAAGAGGAGGUAAAGGAAGGAUGGGUUACAUAGGGGCUCAUGGAGUGCAAGCCCUUCAUAGGUACAAAUACAGUGGGGUGGAUCACUCCUAUGUUGCAAAGUAUGUGUUGCAGCCCUUUUGGAGUCGCUGCGUCAAUUUCUUCCCCCUUUGGAUGCCACCGAAUAUGAUUACGCUUACAGGAUUUUUGUUCUUGGUCACAUCUGCGUUGCUCGGAUAUAUUUAUUCUCCACUGUUGGAUUCACCUCCUCCAAGAUGGGUCAAUUUUGCGCAUGGAUUGCUUCUCUUCCUUUAUCAGACGUUUGAUGCUGUUGAUGGAAAACAAGCAAGACGAACAAAUUCCUCUAGUCCACUAGGAGAACUUUUUGAUCAUGGGUGUGAUGCGCUUGCAUGUGCAUUCGAAGCCCUGGCUUUUGGGAGUUCUGCUAUGUGUGGACGGGAUGCUUUCUGGUUCUGGGUUAUAUCAGCUGUUCCUUUCUACUUCGCUACUUGGGAAAGCUAUUUCACCAACACACUAGUUCUUCCGGUAGUAAAUGGACCAACAGAGGGUCUCAUGUUGAUAUAUCUCAGCCAUUUCUUUACAGCUUUAGUGGGGUCUGAGUGGUGGGCUCAGCCGUUUGGGAAGUCUAUGCCUCUCGUGAGUUGGGUUCCUUUUCUGAACGAAAUUCCGACCAAUAAAGCCGUGUUGUUGCUGAUGGUAGUUUUUGCUGUUAUUCCAACAGUCUAUUGCAAUAUUAACAAUGUUCAUAAGGUUGUUCAGGCAACAAAAGGAAGUAUGCCACGGGCGCUGGCCAUGCUUUACCCAUUUGUUGUUCUAUUGGGAGGAGUGCUUCUGUGGGACUAUUUAUCUCCAUCUAAUUUAAUGAAGAACUAUCCUCAUCUUGUGGUAGUGGGAACUGGGCUUGCAUUUGGAUUUCUUGUGGGAAGGUUGAUUUUGGCUCACCUGUGUGAUGAACCCAAGGGUCUGAAAACAAAUAUGUGCAUGUCUCUGUUUUGUCUACCUUUUGCCGUUGCAAAUGCGCUCACUGCCAGACUUAAUGAUGGAGUUCCUAUGGUUGAUGAGUUCUGGGUUCUUCUCGCUUACACUGCAUACUCAGUAUCACUCUAUCUGCAUUUUGCCACUUCUGUUAUACAUGAAAUCACAUCAGCGCUCGGGAUAUACUGUUUCAGGAUAACAAGGAAAGAAGCUUGAGCCGUUUUGCGCUCUAAUUUUUGGUACACCUUAAACAUUUUCCUCGUUCUUGAUGAACUCGAGGUUAUAUUUUCCUUCGGUUUGUGUAUGAUACAAUUGUGAUCUUCUUGGUGUUCUUGUUUCUAGCUUUCAACCUCGGAACUACCUGGGAUUGAAGUUUGGCUUUCCUUACCUAGCUGAUUCCUGAACCUGGCUUGAAGGAUGUUUGGGGUUCAACGAGUGCCUCUUUGACUUUUCACGGUUUGAGAGCGUUGUUUGAACUCGCCUUCAAAUUCAUGUUUAGUUCAAGUAGCUAAGAUGAAUUUCUUUGUGAAUUUUCCAUUUCGAUUUUAGUUGACUAAGAUGCUUGUCUAGGAUUUUUCGAUUAGUUGACCCUGCUAAAGGUAUCAUGUUUUAACAAUAUUUAUGUUGUGGAUUGAAGAAUUGUUGGUUAUUGUAGUUGAAUUGAUUUAGAUUUUUGUA